GUAUUGUUGGAGGCCUGAGCACGGUGGCAGCUUGUGCACCGAGUGAUAAGUUCCUCAACUGGGCUGGGCCACUUGGUAUUGGUCUUGGGGGCGUGCUCGUGGCAUCGCUCGGCUCAGCCUUCCUGCCUCCCACAUCUGCCCUCGGCCUUUCUCUGUACUCCAUCUCCCUCUAUGGUGGUCUGCUGCUCUUCUCAGCCUUCCUGCUCUAUGAUACCCAGAAGGUGGUGCGCAAAGCUGAAAGUCACCCCAACAUGUACGGGGUUAUGCCUUACGACCCCAUUAACAUGUCUCACCACAUUGUCAUGGACGCCCUCAACAUCUUCAUCCGUAUAGCACAGAUUCUGGGUAUGGUUGGCGGAAGACGAAAAUAA